GGCACUUGUUACAGCAACCACAUAGCAUUUCUGUAAACUCACCGGUUUAACGACGGUUCUUCACGCGGAUCGCGAGAACUAAGCUUUUGGGAAAUGCACCACAGCUGUGGAAUCAUGAUGGCAGCUUUUUGGACCAGGUUACUGCAGCUGCUUUUUAUCAGGUGUCUGCUACUCUGUGCAGAUUCUACUGAUAUAUUUGAUAAAAAUAUUCAUGCAAUCAACAGAACUGCUUCUCAGGGAGAGACAGUGGUUUUUCACUGUAGUGAAAGUCAAGAUAAAGGAGCUGAUGUCGGAUGGCGUAAGGAGAAGAUUCUUCUUUUUAUCUACAGCCCUGUUAUUAACCAAACUGUGACAAACUACACAUCAAGCAGAAUGUAUGUUGAUCCAAACAAUCCAUGGAAACUACAGAUAUCUGAUGUACAGCCUUCAGAUGCAGGAAACUAUACAUGUUUCCCAUCAGAAACACAAAAACAAUGGAAAUUGAGCGUAGAAGUCACUGAGAGUGAACCAGAUCUGCACAGAGAAAUGUUUCUGUACAUCAUCCCCUCAGUUACAGGAGCUGCUGCAGUGUGCUUUAUUAUCUUCUGUGCUGUGAUGAUCUACAGGAAAUUGAAAAAGAAAUGGGCUGCUGACGUCAGUGGAACAAAGGAUGAGCAUAUCUACAUGAACACAAGGUUAAAAAAAGAUGCCAAACACAACUACAGAGUUGCCUCUUGAGAGCUUUACCAGCAUCUACAGCUGCUUUAACUCUUUUAGUCUGUUACUACCCAACACUACCUCUAAUAACAUUCAGUGUACAAAUUAAGUCACAUCUCACUGCCACCAGCUCUGUUUGCUGCUAGCUGUCCGUUGAGUGCAGCAGGAAGCCAUAGGUGUGUGGGCUGAGUGUUUCUGAUCAGUGUGGGUCUCACUAAAACCACAAUAGUUUCUAUACCAACAGUGGUAGUGAGAAUAAAGACCUUUUUAAUGUAUGUACUAGUGUAUAGUGUUUCUCCUUCCAUAGGACUGCUGUUAUGUGUCUUUUGUUCCAUUGCUCUAUAUUAGAUUAAUCAUUUUUAUACAAUUACUUCUCAAUCAUUAGUUUGGACAUCACUCACAGUCUCUCACUCUUACAUUCUACCUGUGCAAUUAAUACCUGUUUUAUUAACUACCAUAAAUAUGAAAUAUGCAAUAAAUGUUUCUGUUACUAGUAUUAAAGGGCACAUACUAUGGAGAACUGAAUUUUCCUCACUUUGGAAACUAAGCCUGUUUUACACUGAUUUAAUCAGUUCCAUGAUGUCACAAAAACCAAUGCAUUUACACAGUAUAUCCACCUUUCCAUCCACGCUGAGGUUAUAAAGAGUGUUUUAGUCUGGACUGGUUUUUUAACCAAGCACAAUACAGAGCAGCCAAUCAGAACAGAGAUAAUUUACAUAGAUCAGUCUUAAAGGCACAGUAACAGAAACAGCUUGUUUAAUUCUAAGUAACAGAAAGAGGAUGAAAAAUGGUCAUUUAAAAAUUAAAACAGCACAAAUGAGAAAGUGGAUAUCAGGGGAAAAGUAUAAUAUAAGUAAAAUGUAGGAUAUGGGCCCUUUAAUGCUUUAAAUUGUUCUUGGCACUAUAUACAGGCCUGCAGGGAGUUAUUGUACAUGUAAUGAAAUAAAAGUAAAAAAAAAUUAAAAUUUCGUAUUGUAAACGUGGAGUGCAGCUCCAACUCUGGGCUUUUCUUGCCACCUGGUGGCCAGAAAUGGUGUGGCUUUGAUGCCAAAAGUUUCUAAAUGGAAGAAUAGUUUUAGGGAAAAAACAACUUUAGUUAGCAUAGAACCUUUAUUUUAUUUCUUCAGAAAAAAAUGGUUCUUCUGUGGUGUCGUCCCAAAGAACUCUUUUUAGCAAGAGUCUACCAAAUUGUGAGUUUCUCUCUCACAGAUGACUUUCUUUAGUAGGAAGUGCAGGAAGGACCACUAAUUUAUGAAUAUAUAAUUCACUGGCAUUUAGCAAAUACAUUUUUUGGGGGGCUAAAAUUUGGUGUAUCUGAACAGGUCACAGUAGUAAUAUAAAGUAUGAUAGUCUUUAUAGUUUAAUUUAUAAAAAUAAAAAUUUAAAAUAAAAAAAAACAGGAAA